AUGUCUUCAUUCAUAUGUAAUGUUCCAUGGGAUGUAUCUGUUCCUCCACGAUUCAUUGUUAAUCUCGAUUUACCUCCAAUGAUAAGAUGGCAACAUAUCGUACGUCUAUAUAUAGAUCAACUUCAUCAAGUUGAAAAAAAGAUUGAAUCCAUGAUCAAUGCAAUAAUUGGUCAAUGGCUAGGUCCUAUGUGUGAAAAUGUUCUAUCAACAAUCAUGGCUGGUAUAACACGAUUAGGGCUAGUUUAUUAUGGACAAGAAUUAAAAGGCAUCUCACAUGAUACAGGAAUACCAUUAGGCAAAUUAGUAAUGAUGCAAUUUGUUUAUGAAUGUUUUGCAUGUUGUACAUCAAUUGUAUGUCAAAAUAAAGAAACUAAUAUUCCAAUGCAUAUUAGAACGAUGGAUUGGGAAUUUGAUUUUUUAAAACAAUUGACAAUUGAUGUUGAUUUGCAGAGAAAUGGCCAAUCAGUUUUUAAAGCAACAACAUGGGUUGGUUAUGUGGGAAUUUUAACAGGAAUGAGAGUUAAAAAUGGUUAUUCUGUAUCAGUUAAUUUUCGUCAUACAGGUGGACAAUUAACAACAAAUCUCAAAACUGCCUUAGCAAGUGGAUGGCCAAUUGGUUUUCUUGUUCGUGAAAUAUUAGAAUCAACAGACAAAUAUGAAUUAGCAGUUGAACAACUAGCACAAUCUUCAAUAAUUGCACCAUGUUAUUUUACUAUAUGUGGAACAAGUCAAAAUAAGACUUUAGGAACUUUACUAACUCGCAAGCAAUCAUUAGAAGAAAACAGGUCAAGCAAAUUAUUGUCAGAAUAUCCAAUAUGCAAUGAUAUAACCAUCUAUGGAACAUUUAUGUGUUCACAAUAUGAUAUAUAUCAUACACGAUAUCCUCAAGAAAAUCGAAAAUUCAAUUCUGAUGAAAAAGUUCAAUUUAUCUCAUUAACUGAUUUAAAUGAUGAUUUAUAUUGGCAAUUGUCAUCAACUUAUGUUUGUUGUAAUUGUGGACGUGAUUUUGAUAUUAAUGAGAAUCCAUGUGGUAAUUGCGUGCAUGCUGGAACAUGGCAUGCAAGAUUUGAUGAUUGUUCUUAUUUAAAAUGUGGUUUUCAUUUGGGUAAAAAAGCAUCGAUUGGUAUACAGCAUUGGUCGUGUUGUUAUUCAUUAGAAAGUCGAUCGAAUACAUGCAGUCAAAGCAAUCCUCAUACAUUCAUUAAACAAUAA